AUGCAUUUCUCAACUAUCUCAUUCGCUUUUCUCGCCGUUGUUGCUACUGCCUCUGCAGAAGCCAAUUUUCCAGGUGGUUACAACCACGGGGGACAAGGUGGAUAUAAUGGCGGAUUCAACCCCGGACGAGGUGGUUCAGGAGGCAAAGGUUUCGGUCGAGGAGGAUAUGGGGGUCCUGGGAGAGGUGGAUAUGGAGGAGGCCAUGGCGGAUUUCCUGGCAAUGGGGGUGGAGGAAACGGGGGUAAUGGGGGUGGGGGUGGUCCCAUUCGGUUCACCCCUAUUCCGCAAACUGGCGCCUCGCCUACAGUGGUAACACCACCAUCGACUACGACAAAUUNGAGGAAACGGGGGUAAUGGGGGUGGGGGUGGUCCCAUUCGGUUCACCCCUAUUCCGCAAACUGGCGCCUCGCCUACAGUGGUAACACCACCAUCGACUACGACAAAUUCAAAUCCGAUAAUGGAGGUAACACCCGUUUGCCGGGGUCAACUUUACAGUCAACCUCUUUGUUGUGCUACACCAAUCUUGAAUGUCCUCGAUAUAGGUUGUUCAGCACGUAUGUUGUCGUCUUAUGCUAUCUCCCUCACGUGUUUGCUGAUAUAUUGGCAGUUACUUCACCAGUUAGCUCUGUGGCUGAUUAUAAAGCCCGCUGCGCUCAGACCGGGUUCCAAGCGAGGUGCUGCACUGUCUUUGUGGUAAGAUUCAAGAGAAUCCAACCGAUGGAGCAAUACUGACUGGGAGAUAGCUUGGGCAAGCAUUGCUCUGCGGAGACCCAAUUCCUUGAGGAUCCCGUAGGAGGACAUGAUCGAGAUGGAUUGAGCGAGAAUACCGGUGGAGAAAUAUUGUUUUAG